CAUUUUGCACGCUUUUCAAAAAUUGUUUUUUUAUCUUCGGCAUUAUUCUAACCUGAUUUCCUCAAAUAUUCAGCUGUUUUGACAGGUGAUCUUCUUUAGUUUUCAAAAUAUACAACACAAAAGACUCCCAGCUUUCGCACAAGUUUUUUAAGGUUUUUAAACCUUAAAGAUGUCGGACACAUGGUCGGACAUUCAAGAGCACAAGCGACGUCAGGAAAGUCUACGUGAACGUCUUGCUAAAAGAAGAAGAGAGCGACAAGGAAUAAAUGUUAGCGAAGGAGAUGGUACUGCAACUCCCCCACCCUCCUCCCCACAGUCCAUUGAGGAAACAAGCACAGCAGCAAAGGCAGCAGAGUUGGUUAAAGUAGAUCCUUUAUUGGAAAGUAACCUGAUUGAAUGCCUGUGGGAUUCAACAUUUAUUUUACCUGUAGACUCACUAAAUAUCUUGAACCAUUUGCUUAAAAAUGUGAAAAGCAGUAUCCCUCCAACAAGAGAAGCUGUUGAAAAUUUGUUACAAAAGUUAGCUAUUCAGGACUUUAUAAGGUUGGUUAAAAGUUUAAACAAUGGCCGGGUUUCAUCCUGUGAGAGACUGGAUACAAGUCCCUUAAUUCCCACAAUGUCAAAACUGAUAUAA